AUGAAAGUCGAAAAUAUUCAUUUAAAACAAAUUGUUCAAUAUUUAAAAUCAAUUGAUAUAUUUUCAUUAAUGUGUGUAAAUAAAAGAAUACUUAAUUGUAUUCGUUCAUUAGAUCAUUUACCAUAUUUACCUACAAGAUUUCUUUUUUCUUUAUUAUCAGAUUAUUCUAAAAAUGUCGUUCCAGUAAUUUCUAUGGAUUUUAAGAAUUCUUUCAUCCCACCUAAAAACGUUAAAAUAUUGUUUCGUCAAAAUACAACAACACCACUAGUUCCUCCUUUAAUGCCAAUUCGUCAAUACAUUAUUUCAUUAAACAUUCCAAUUCAUCCAAAAUAUUUAAUUGAUCUAACUACCUUUCCUUUAUUAACUAAACUUACUCUUAAUAUCUUUUCUCAACCCUCUGAACUUCCAUCUUUAAAUUUAAAAUCAUUAUUUAUUCAUUUAAACUCUGAAAACCAAGUCUCUUUUUUAUCACAACUUACCUCUAUUAAUGCUGAAAUAACACAUGUCCAAAUUCACUCACCUACUUCUGAAUCAAUAAAAGAAAUUCAAAAACAUUUACCAAAAGCUGUUAUUGUUACAUCAAAAAUUUCUGAUAUUUCUUUAUUAAAUAAGGUAAAGUGUAUUCAUAAUUAUAUACCAAUGAAUGGCGUUAUGUAUGAAUGUACUUCUGUACCGGCUUCAAUUGCAUUUCUAAAUGGUAAUUUUAUUACAUCUAGAUUAAUAGAAACUGCCUAUGUUUAUGGUAAUUUAUUAUCAAUACCUAUAGCUCCAUUAACAUUUAAAGAAUUAUAUUUAGUAAAUUUAUCACUUCCAAAAAGAGGUUCAAUUUUCCUUAGGGGAGUAGAAAAGUUAGUUAUUGGUUCUUGUAACAACUUAGUUGGUAUUGAAGGUCUCGAAAAAUGUCCUUUGAAACAUUUUGUUUUUUGUAAAAAUAGUUGUUUGGCAUCUUUAAAAAUGCCGACAACAUUAACAUAUCUUGAUGCCUCUGAUUGGAAACCUUUAACCCUUCCAUCAUUACCUCUUUUAAAAACAAUGAAAAUAAAACAAUGUCAAACAUUUAGACAUAUUACACUUCCACCUAAUGUUGAACAUUUAUUUGUUGAGGGUUGUUCUAAACUAAAAAGAAUAACUAAUUUAUGUGAUAUCCAACUCAUUUCAUUAGAAUUGAUUGAAUUACCUGAAUUAACUUUAAGUAUUUUACCAUCUUGUCUAAAAAGUUUAUUCAUUAACAAUAUUCCAAUAUUUGAAUUAGAUUUAAAAACAUUAAAAAAUUUAGAAAUUGUUCGUAUUGGGGCAUGUAGUGAUUUAUCAAAUAUUAUUUUAAAUAAUGAAAUUCAAGAAGUUGAAUUAACUAACUUAAAUAGUUUAACAACAUUUAUAUAUACCUCACAUUCAAUUAAUAAAAUAAAUAUUUUAAUGUGUGAGUCAUUAACUUCUAUUAAUGUAUGGUGUUCUGAAAUUCAUAUUAGUAAUCUUUUACAACUCAAAGAAAUUAAAUUAAAAGAGUGUAAAGGAAUUGAAGUUAUUUCAUGUAAUAUUCUUCCAUCUUUUGAAGAUUAUGUUUAUGAAUUUAUUAUAUUAAAAAAAGUUUCUAUUAAAGACCGUUUACCAAUAUCUAAAAAAAUUAUACUUGAUUCAAUCAACUGUUUAUUUGAUUCAUUUGAUUUUUCAAAACAAUUAUCUGAUAUAAUUAAAGUAAAGAAUAUUAAAAAAUUAAAAUCAAUACAACUACCUAAUAGUCUUAAAAAAUUAACAUUAAUGGGUAUUGGAAUAGAAGAAAUUUCUUUACCUUCUUCUCUUGGUACGUUUCAUUUAUUAAAUUGUGGUAUUAAACUUUUAGACAUUCCAACCAAAUGUACUAAACUUAAAAUUCAAAAAUGUAAAGAAUUAACACGUCUUGAUCUUCCAUCUACUUUGACUUAUCUUAAAAUUAAAAAAUGUCCAACUGGAUUACUCUUAUCAUCUUAUUUACCAAAUCUUCCGUAUGAAUUACUCAAGAAAUAUUGUGUAACUCCUAUUAAUUAA